CUUCCCGAUCUAUGUAUGCUUGCAAAAUGUUUCACUCGACCUUGCUGGCAAGAUCGGGCUAUAAUUUAUAAUUCUUUCUUGCAAAGAUCUAAGGUGCAAAUUAGGCUCUAAUUGAUUUUCCAGUUAAACUAAUUGCACAGGAGAGGCGUGUUCAAUUGUGUUUGUUGGGAGUAGUUUUUUGGUUUUAUAAUCGAUUAAGAAAUUCUCAUUUGUAGUGUAAUAUAAAUAUUAAAUUGUGAUAAAAUGGCUUCAGCGUCAAUGUACUUUCGAACGAUGGCAAAAUUAGAUAAAUUUGUCCCUGCUAAAUUUAUGCCAAUGUGGCAACAUCCGGCAGGUCCAAAAACUGUCUUCUUUUGGGCACCAGUAUUUAAAUGGGGUUUGGUUAUCGCUGGCAUAGGAGAUCUGAGCCGACCAGCUGAGAAGAUAAGCGUGCCGCAGUCACUGUCCUUGGCUGCGACUGGGAUAAUUUGGAGUCGGUACUCGCUCGUCAUCAUCCCCAAAAAUUGGUCACUCUUCAGUGUCAACGUAUUUGUGGCUUGCACUGCCUGUUAUCAACUCUCUCGGGGGUUUAAAUACCAAAUGGCAAAUAAGGCAAAGGCGGCUUGAGAACGUUGUGUUGAUCACAUUAUUGUCCAGUGGUUGUAAAGAGAAAGCAAUGCAAUAUCAGUAUGGAGAAAAGUAAUCUACCAAAUAUGUGGUUUAUUAGGUUUAAAUUUGUUUUCAAAUAUAUUUGUCGGAAAUGUUGACUGUGCUAAAAAAAUUAGUUUUGUGUCAAUGUACCAUUAAUAAUCAACAGUUUGUUUACUGGAUAUUAAUGCAUAUACAGUACAACUUGUAUAAUACAUGUAAAAGAAUAAAUAAUAUUAGUAUAUAAAUAUCACACAAAA